UGUCAAUGUCAUUGUCAAAUUGUAAGAAAAGUUUAAUUUGUGUUUCAAUAAAAUUCCAAUUUCCCAAUAAAGUAAACGAAUUUUGUAUUAUUUUACUGGUUUAUAAAGUUUAUCAAACCUUAAUGUGAAUAAAUUCAACCAGUAAUGGGUGCCUUGACAAGCAGGCAAAAUGCUGGAGUGGAAGAAGCAGAUGUUGUUUCUAAUCAUGCUUACAAAUACCCACCUAGAUCAGGAAACUAUUUUGGAACCCACUUCAUAAUGGGAGGAGAAAGGUUUGACACUCCUCAACCAGAAGCCUAUUUAUUUGGAGAAAAUGCUGAUUUGAAUUUCCUUGGCAGUAGGCCAACACCUUUCCCAUAUCCUCCGCCCCAAUCAAAUGAGCCAACAAAGACAUUGAAAAGCCUUGUGAAUAUUCGAAAGGAAUCACUGAGGUUUGUGCGGUGUCCUGAGCCAGUGGGUAAGAUUGUAGACUCAAACAAAAUAGGAGAUGGUGUCAACAAAUCUGGUGAUAAUAAUGGCAAGGGCACAUAUUACAACAUUGAAUUCACAUUUGACUGCGAUGCUCGAUGUGCCAUCACUGUAUUCUACUUUUGUACAGAGGAAGUCACACCUGCUGGGGUAGUAUAUUACCCUCGAGAUCCAUCUAUGACCUCCCAAACUUAUCAUUAUAAAAAAGGAGCCAACCAGCAGUUCUGCCAGAUAUCUCAUGUGUUUGAUCCUUCGAAGCAUCCGGAGGAAGAUUUGGUUUAUAAUGCCGAUAGAGAAAUCAUACCAAUAGCUAUUUAUUGUGUAGUAGAUGAAGGGCAAGAAGAAAUAAGACAGUCUCACACAACCAUUGCAAUAGUGGAAAAACACUCUGAUGGAACAUAUGUAUUGAAAGCCCUUAAGCAAAAGCUUUUUGUGGAUGGUCUGUGUUACCUUUUGCAAGAGAUAUAUGGCAUCGAAAACAAGAACCUUGAUACAAAGCCUAGUUCUGAUGAGGAGACCGAGGACGGGGGUUCCGAAUGCGUGAUUUGCAUGUGUGACGUGCGUGACACUCUGAUCCUGCCGUGCCGCCACCUGUGUCUGUGCAACUCGUGCGCGGACUCGUUGCGCUACCAGGCCAACAACUGCCCCAUAUGUCGCGCCCCCUUCAGGGCACUACUGCAGAUACGGGCGCUGCAGCGCAUCGCAGCCUCGCCGGCGCCGAUAACCGCGGCCGCUAGCCCUAACGACCAGGGCAGCAUGGAGAACAUUCCUGCGGGGUACGAGCCGGUGUCGCUGCUGGAGGCGCUCAACGGGCCCCACCCCGCGCGAGCCCCGCCCGCGCCCCGCCCCGCCCCCACCAUCGCCUCCCCCGACACCGACACUGCAUCACAGGCGGCGGAGAUCCUGAACCGCUGCAACCUGGAGCGGAGUUCUUCCACGAGUCUAGGCAGCGGCGGCAGCAGAAAGGGCAAGGUCAACCGCGAUGACGUCAAACCACGUGACAACGCUCACACCAUCACACCGGAGUUCCGUAUGUCAGUUUUGUUGGCGCGCGAGGAAGCCGCGCACAGCCCGCUGCUCAGCAACCCCGUCCCGCCUGAACGGACUCUGUCUAAGUCGACUCUGAGCCUGGAGUACGGGCGCGGGGACAGGUCAGGCUCCGUAGCGUCCGCGUCGGGCUCCGAGGACGAGGAGCCCGUUGGCCCCGAAGUGGCCAUUAGCCCCGUCGCCGUUCCCACUGGCCCCGCCACGCUGGCCACCGCCACCGCCCCACCGGAGCCCGACGCGGAGCCCGACAGCGAGACUGAGAGACUGUCGCCGUUGUUGACGCACCUCCCACCUAAUGGCACCGUGACAGGCAUGAUGGCGCACAUCGAUGACACUGACACCGACGAGCCGGAGAGAAACGCGCACUCGGGCGCUCGCGAUUGCGUGGCGGAGUCGCCGCCGGACGGGCGCGCCGACGACUCGGACUAUUUCACGCCCGAGGACACCGCCACCACCAUACUGACCGUGCCCAAGCCGCACAAGCACGCAGAGACAGCUAACAAUAUAGCAGGGGAGUGCACACCCCAGCGGUGGGCACUGCCUCAUCACGUCACUUCACUUCCGGGUACUCCGCUCAGCCAGUCUUCAGUGCGUUCGUCAGGAGACUCUUACAGCUCCACCUCUUCAACGCGGCAGCUACUGGCACCCGUCCCAGGAGCCCCACUCGCUACUGACACCGCUUGCUAGCGUCGCGCCCCCCGUAUACCGCGCAUCAAUAUCGCCGC